UUUAAUUAUUUAUCGUGGGUAAAACAAAAAAAAAAAAUUGAAAAUGAAAAUGAUAAUGAAGUUAUCAACUGUCUAUUAAGUGUUGAUUAAGUUUUGCGAGCGUUGAAGGAGUCAAGUGAAAAUAUUUUUCUUCUACCAAACGAUAAAAAAAAAACAACAACGAACAUUUAAACACUUUCACUGUAAUGUCGGAAAGUCGUACAUACCAAAAGUCACUACGUUAAAUAUUUUACCGUGUAGAGAAAAAUCUGUAAACAGGUCCACGAUUCAAAAAAAAAGCAUAGACAAAUAAGAAACAUGAACUCGUUUUUAGAAUCUUCAACUGAAGAAACUGAAGAUAGCCAAAAUCAUGACGAAGGACAUCAGACUAAAUUAGUAAACCAAAAGAAAUGGGAAUUGGGCUAUCUGAAGCGCAAGUGUCGCAAUCUCGAACUGGAAUCCUACUACGUGUCCUAUAUGAAUCGCUUGCGUUUAAGUCAUCUGGGCAUAUUCAUAUUUAUACUAAUACUAAUAGCGAUAGUACAUUCCUUGCUGCUUAUUGCAUCGUUUCCCAACAGUGAAAAUCGUGACAUUUACUUGGAUAUUGGCAUUUACAUGGGUUGCACCUUCAUUAUCCUCGUGGUUUUGCUCUUCAAUUUCCGUUUACCGCUCAAUAAGCGUUAUGAAUGGUUAACGUUCAGCACAAUUUGGUUAGCGAUCUCGGCGCUUGUUUUGAUGGAUAUCUCAUUACCCAUCUAUCGCGCGGUCAAGGACUAUAAUAUUAUCGUGCCAACUUACUACAGUUUCAUCAUAUAUGCGAUAUACAUAUUUAUGCCAAUCACCGAGGAUAUCCACGCCUUCAUUUUGGGCCUAUCUGUUUCCGCUUGUUAUAUGAUAUUGUUCUCCUUCGUCACAUAUCGUCGUCGCAUGGAUGGUUCGCGUGAAAUUGAUUUACCUAAAAUUGUGUCGGAAGGCAUUUUCAUGGCUUGCGUCAAUAUGUUGGGUCUCUUCUUUCGGCUGACACGCGAAGUGGCCAUUCGUACCACAUUUCUGGAUAAACGGCAAUGUGUUGAGGAGACUUUGGUGUUGCGCGCAGCUAGAGAUCAGGAGAAAAGUCUACUACUCAGUAUAAUACCUGCGCAGAUCGCAAAUAAAAUUGAGGAGGAUGUGAAAAUGCGCAUUGAACAUUUGAAGAAGAGCAAGAAAUGCCGGCGAUCAACGCACGAUGACACGGAAUCCACACCGACUCCACUCUGGCGACAAAUGGACACCGAAAAACUAUUUAUUGAACCCCACAAUGAUGUCUCGAUUUUAUAUGCGGAUGUUGUCAAUUACACUUACCUCACGACAACACUAGAUGUGAAGACCCUGGUCGAGACUUUACAUGACCUCUUCGUCAAAUUCGACACGGCUUCCCAGGAGUACAAUGUGUUGCGAAUAAAAUUUUUGGGCGACUGUUAUUACUGCGUUGCUGGCGUACCGCUGCCAAAUGAAUACCAUGCGAGAUCGUGUGUAUAUCUUGGUUUGCGCAUGAUCAAGGACAUAAGAGACGUCAGAUCAAAACGAAAGCUGGAUAUCGACAUGCGCAUCGGUGUCCAUUCGGGAAAUAUACUCUCUGGUGUCAUUGGCGCCAAUAAGUGGCAAUUCGAUAUUUGGUCGAAAGAUGUAGAUAUUGCCAAUCGCCUGGAGUCAACAGGUGAAGCAGGACGUGUCCAUGUUAGCGGGCAGACAUUACAACAACUGGAUGGUGAGUUUAUUUAUGAGGAAGGCACAGCGAAGGCGCGAGACGAUCCGGUGCUGCGUAAAUAUCAGAUACGUUCAUUUCUAAUAAAACCGCCGUCAUCGAAAGCGAGCUCGUACAUUACGAUGAGACGUCCGAAAUCGUCGCUGCGUAAAAAUUUGGAAAUGAGACAAGGUUUGGAUCCCAGAAGCGACUUACCCACGAACUUCAUGCAAAAUAGCAUUAGCCAAUAUAACCAAAUACGGAAUCAAGCUACAUUGGAGAUGAGCAGAGAGGUGGAUAAAAUGCCUAUUGGCAGAAUACAGGUCUCAAAAAUAUGCUUCGGACACAUGAAACGUUUGACCCAAGAUGAAAUGGAAGAGCAAAUAUUCCGCAGCAAUAUUACCUCGGUGUUUCUGUUCUUCAAAGACUGGCGUUGGGAGUUGAUGUUCAUGAAACAGCCGGAUUUUAUGCUCAAAUACAGUGUGCUCGUGUCCUACAUAACGCUCUUAUGUGCAUUCAUCAUGCAAGCUGUCAACACGACACAAACCCUGGCAUUUUGGACACUGGUUGCCGUGAGUAAUGCCCUAAUGGUAAUGCUGUUGGCUUUGGUCUGGUACAAGAAACUGUGGAUAAUGUUUGUGAGCAAAACUGAGGCCUCGAAACCGAAACAAAAGAUUAGCAGAUGGUUUUACAAACUCUCCGAUGGCAUUCAGCGGAACAUCAUUGUACGCAGCACCAUCUACGUGGCCGUCAUAGUAUUGCACUCAACAGGCAUUCUAUUGCAAUUGUUAGAUUGCAAUAAGCAUGCAAGUGUGGGUGAGCCCAUGAUCGGUGCUACAAAUGAGACAUCCUGUUUUAAUGCUUGGGCCGUCACCGAAUGUUUUAUGCUCAGCAUUUGCAUUACCUUCCUUUUCACACGCAUUCCAUUCGUACUGAAACUGGGCAUUGGCAUAGUAACGCUGAUUUUUUACACGGUUGUGGUAACCUUGUCGUAUAGCUUUGUGUACGGCCACAGUUUGAGCACCAACGAUACUUUGUAUCCGGAAUACUCGCACAUCUUUGUGAUGUGCAUAACAGUGGGCAUAUUCCAUUUGAUGGAUCGACAAACGGAGUUCAUAGCUAAAGUGGACUAUAACUGGAAACGACAACUACACAAGAAGCAGGAUGAUGCUAAAUUCACUAACGAGACGAUAUCCAUUCUGAUCAAUAACAUCCUGCCAUCACAUGUUGCCGAUAUUUACAUGUCCCGGCAAAUGACGAAUGAAUUGUACUAUGAGGAGUAUGAUAAUGUCGCUGUUAUGUUCGCCACAAUACGAAAUUACGACACGGAACAAGUGGGCAUACGAGUUUUGAAUGAGAUUAUUUGUGAUUUUGAUGAAGUGUUAAAUACUUAUAUUGGUAAGAGAAAAGUGGAAAAGAUCAAAGUAGCCGGUUGGACAUAUAUGGCAGCUUGUGGCUUGGAUCCAAAACGUUCGGAGCAUCGAAAAACGCAGACGGCCUAUCGCAGCUCAUCCCUUUUGCCAAAUGGACGUAGAAGUCACUAUUCAAGUCGGCAGCUUGACAUCGAUGAAGAAGCUCAAAUAGAGGAAGAGCUGCCUACGACCAGCAGUGAAAUUGGCGUGAAUUGCAUUAGACUGCAGGAAUAUGAGGGCCACAAAAAGAAAUGUACCAAAUCGGAAGAAUACAAUGAUGUGGUGUUUGUAAUGCUGCAAUUCGCUUUGGAGUUGAUGCGUACAAUGAAAUCGUUCAAUAUGGAGAACUUACAGUGCGAGGAUGGUGAUGGAGAUAGAGGUGCCUUGAGAAUAGGCAUUUCCAAUGGACCCAUAAUGGCCGGGGUUGUGGGUUCUUACAAACCUCAUUAUGACAUUUGGGGUAAUGCGGUGAAUAUGGCAUCUCGCAUGGAUUCAACGGGCAUUGCCGGCUCCAUACAGAUUACACAGAAUACUGCAAAAAUAUUGGAAUCCUACAAUGUGAAAUGCACUUAUCGUGGUCUCACAUUCGUUAAGGGACGUGGUCAUAUACCCACGUAUAUUGUUAACGUCGAUGAAUCGUUAAAUUUUGUCAAAAUCCAUGAUGAGAAUGCCAUAAGCAGAGAGACCAUAAGUAUUAUUGAAGAGGAGACGGCGGAGUGCUGA